GACCGAGUUACCCAGUUCUAGGACCUUAAAUUAUUGUGCUCGACAGCACAUACUAUCCAGCAGCCGGCAUAUUUGACUCAGCAUCUUGAGCCCAAGCCUAUCAGUCUUCAGCCUCGUUCAUCAGUGAUCAGUUUAAAUGUCGGGUGAAGGAAUACAAAGGGCACUCCUUAUUGCUGUGGAAAGGGUAUCCGGUUUCCCCAACCUCCCUCAAGCGCACAUAGAUGUGAUAAAAAUGAGAGACUUCCUCGUAAAGUUUCGUGGCUACCGCCCAGAAAACAUUGUCACCAUGAUGCAUCAUAACAGUGUUCCGACAAAGUUAUAUCCCAGCAAAAAAAACAUGCUGCGUGAGAUUGACGUUAUGGUCAAACAUACAUCCCAAUACGACCGGAUGUUUUUCUAUUACACCGGUCAUGGCGAUCAAGUGACUUGUCAACACAACUCUGAAUCCGACAACAAAGAUGAAGCCAUCCUUACCUACACGGGAAAGCGCAUCAUUGAUAAUAUAUUGAAAGAACAUCUCGUUGAUCCAUUGCCUCAAGGCGCCAAACUUUUCGCGCUGUGGGAUUGUUGCCACUCUCACACAGUGCUGGAUUUGGAGCAUUCCAACUGCAACGGAUUAUGGCGGAGGCCCCUCAAAGUCUUGUCAGGUCUGGCAAAGAAAACCAAGACUCUCGGAAAGAGGCUCAGCUCCAGCAUCUCGAUGGAUAGUUGGGAAGGCCGUUUCUCGUCAAAGGACGACUCUCAAUCAAGAAAUGUAUCAUCGGAAACUGAUGGCAUGGACAUCUGCAGAGUGUCUUCUCCUGACUCAUACGUACCUCCAUGUACAUUCAAUUGCCCUAUGACGCCCCCCGAGAACCAAGCCAUGGCCUGUGUUGUUUCCUUAUCUGCAUGCAAGGAUGAUGAGUUGGCAUAUGACGACAACGUUACGGGUGAAACUGUGACAAAGUUCUUCAUCGAGUACCUCGAGCGUAAUCCCAGACCUUCUUAUUGCGAGCUACUCUCCCACAUACGGGAAAAAAUCUAUGGCAUUACUCGCAGACGUAUACAGAUGGCAGGCGAGACAACCUACCACCCGCAUCAUCUACAGAGACUAUCGGAAAAUGAAGUCUCAAUCGAGGAUUGGCGCAAAUGCGAUCCCCAUAACCACAGCGAUGACGGAAACGACACUUCCACUUUGAGCUCUCAGCAGCCUUCGUAUUCGAGUCACUACCGCCUGGAUAUGUCGCAAAUCGUUGAAUUAUGAAGCACAAAACGGACUGUAUUGCCUGGCAACGCUACUACGGUGGUUGAUGACAUUUACCUUAUAAUUAAUUUAGUAUUAACUUGUUCGGG